UCAUGCAUGCAGACGGCCUCCAUCAAACUGCCCUCGUCUGUGUUCGCGUCUGAGUUUGAAGAGGAAGUGGGUUUAUUAAACAAAGCAGCUCCUGUUUCAGGGCCGCGGUUGGAUAUGGAUCCUGACAUUGUCGCUGCGCUGGAUGAGGACUUUGAUUUUGACAACCCAGAGAACAUGCUGGAAGAUGACUUCAUCAUCAAAGCCAAUGACGUCAUGGGCGACGGGGAGUUCAUGUUUGCCGACUGUGAGACGAAGAGUCGUUUCACAGAGUAUUCACUCACAUCCUCCGUCCUGAGGAGGAAUGAGCAGCUCACGCUUCUGGACGACCGCUUCGAGAAGUUUUACGAGCAGUUUGACGAUGAUGAGAUCGGCGCACUGGAUAACGCAGAGCUGGAGGGCUACAUCGAACCGGACAGCAAGCGACUGGAGGAGGUCUUCAAAGAUUACUUCAUACAGAAAGAGAAAGAAUGCAUAAAUGUAUAUACGUGUUUGCAGAUCCGAGUGUCUGAUAAGACAGGGAUUCCUCUGGACGUCCUGCCGAAACGAGGCCUGACGGCCAAACAGGUGGAGAGGAUGGAGAGGAUCAACGACUCGGACCUGCCCCGAGCCUCCAAGCAGCCCCGCUCACGGGAAGAAAGCGCAGAGGAGAAGAGAGCCAGGAAACAGGCCAUCAAGACGGAGAGGAAGGAGAGGAGGUCGGAGAAGAAAGCAAACAAACUGGCAUUCAAACAGGAGAAACAGAUGCAGGAGAAGCAGAUGGUUAAUUUAAGAGCAAACGUUCAGGGCCUGAAGCUCUCGUAGGACUGCAGAGACGCUCCAGAGACUGUCGACAUCACUGCAAUGUUUCUAACACCAGCGGAGACUACAGGACCUCACUGAAGACACAUCACUUCGCAGGUUACACUGUUGCAGUGCGUGAUGACAUUAUUUUCCUUACCAGAACGUCCAUGUUUGUUUGACUCGUACAGUGAGUUGUAAUGGAAACAUCAUAACAAAUGGAAUCUAUAGAAACUGUUCUAAGUUUGACUGUUUGAAGGUGAACGGGAGUUCAUUUCUUAAUGACUCCGCAGCAUUUUUUGUACAAAAAGGUAAUUAAACAUUCAUCAUAUUCAAAGGUUUUCAACCAGUUAUAUUAAAAAAACAACAACACACAAGUAUUAUUUUUUCCAUAGAAUCCCAUUCAGCUUUUAAUAAAAACACAAUAUGGAAAAAAAAAAAAAAAUUUUUUUUUUUUUUUUUUUUACCAGUGGCACAAUAUUGAACAAUGCAAACUAUCUCUUGUCCUCUCCCAUCAUUGUUAUGCAAAGUGCAUAAAUGCCAUUCACAGGAUUUGAACAAUAAACAACCUUGACCUCAAAA